GGGACCACCAAUCUUCGUUAUAUUAUAUUAUUUAUUUACGGCGCCGGAGUAUCGUCUUCCCCCGAGCACAACGCACCCUUAUUUUGGCUGUAUCUGGCCGGAAAUAUAGCUUGUAUACAUUCAUUUUUAGGGUGCGUUACGUUCUGGGGAAGCCGGUUGGGGUAGGUCGUCAGCGCGGGAACGACCGUCGAGCUGGUCAGGGAAGGACCAGCUGGGCCCGGAGUUGGGCCCAGGCAGAGUAGAGGAAGGGCGGGCGGCCUCGUAUGGUCUGGCAUGGUGUAUCUGAAGGGAGAGGAAGAGCGGGCUUUUGCCGAGGGCCGUUAACGGUUUUGGGGGCGUGGGUGAUUGAUUCGAUCGAUCGAUCGAUCGAUUGAUUGAUUGGAUUGAUUGGUUGAUUGAUUGAUUGUUUCGAUCGAUAGAUUGAUUCGAUCGAUAGAUCGGUCGGCUGAUGGGUGAGGCAGUCGGCUGACGGGGCAAGAAAUCGGCUGACGUGGGGGGGAGUGAGCCAGGUAGCGCAGCGGGCUCUGCGGAGAGCAGCGCAGGCAGGUAGUCGACGUAUCAGACCAGGUGCGUUGUUCGACGGUGAGCGGCGCCGCCAUGGCCGCCCACGCCGGGUUGCUGGCAAAGCAUGUCGCUGCUGCUGCAACUCCAGGAGUCGCCUUGGACAGCUCACGGAAAGUUCAGAGUCAGAGCGCCUGCACUUGUGAGCUCCGUCGAUGUCCGCUUCUGGGCCGAAGCGUUGCCGGCGGGUUCUCCUUAUCUAGGAAGGAGAUGCGGGGGCAGCAAAUUUGUAUCGGUGGGAGGAGGAGGACGACUACGACGACGAAAAGCCAUAGCCAGAAUGAGAGCGGCAGCAGCAGCAGCAGCAGCAACUAUGUCGGCCAUGGCGUUAUGAGAAGCGGAAGCAAGGGACACCAUAGACAGAGCUCGUCGCAGUCGACUAUCGUGGUGAGAGCGGAGGCUGGAAGCCAUAGCCAUGAUGACGCGGCGGAACACUCGAGGAGGGGAGCAGAACUCGCGGCUACGUCUACAGAGCCGUUGAUUGUGCGUGCGGCAAGAGGCGAGCCGGUCCCUCGGCCACCUGUGUGGAUGAUGCGACAAGCCGGCCGUUACAUGGCUGUCUAUCGGGAGCUGGCCAAAAAGCACAAGUCAUUCAGGGAGAGAUCCGAGAAUGUCGACCUUGUCGUUGAAAUCUCAUUGCAGCCGUGGCAUGCGUUCCGUCCCGAUGGUGUCAUCUUCUUCUCCGAUAUCCUUACACCUCUUCCGGCAAUGGGCAUCCCAUUUCAGAUAGAUGACGUCAAGGGUCCGAUCAUCGAGAAACUGAUGAGGACUCCCGACGACAUUAAAUGCCUUCACCCCAUUGAGCUCGAUACCUUGGGGUUCAUUCAGGAAUCGCUGCGUAUCAUAAAGAACGAGAUCGGCGACACAGCGGGGCUGCUGGGUUUUGUUGGAGCGCCCUGGACGCUCGCUACGUACGUCGUUGAGGGGAAAGGUACCAAGACGUACACAGAGAUCAAGAGGAUGAUGUACAUGGCACCGGAUGUGCUGAAGGCGCUUCUGUCGCAUUUCGCGUCUGCAGUGGCGACGUACAUCGGGUUUCAGAUCGAUGCUGGCGCCCAGUGCGUGCAGAUAUUUGACUCGUGGGGUGGUCAGCUCACGCCCGACCAGUGGGAUCGCUGGUCGAAGCCGUAUAUCACCCAGAUCGUUGACUGGGUGCAUGAGCACUACCCGGGCUUUCCGCUGAUUCUUUACGCCAGCGGAAGUGGCGGCCUCUUGGAAAGAAUGGCGACGACCGGAGUCGACGUCAUUUCGCUCGAUUGGACAAUCGACAUGGCCGACGGGAGGGAAAGAGUGGGGAGGGGGUUGUCCGUGCAGGGCAAUGUAGACCCUGCUGUUUUAUUUGCCGGGAAGGAGGCGAUCGAGGAGUCGGUUAAGGACGUCGUUAGAAAGGCUGGAAACCGCGGCCACAUUCUCAACCUAGGCCACGGGGUUAUGGUCGGCACACCCGAAGAGAACGUCGCUCAUUACUUCGCGUUUUCUAAGUCUUUGCUGUAUGCCCCUAAUGAAGUUCCCCAGAACGCUGUCGUCUGAAGAACUGUGACCGAAGUCGCCUCUCCGUCCUCUCCGUCCACUUCAGCAGGAAGCUCUCAGUUUCCGUUCACAAUUUUCCGGUCCGGCGCGUUUUUGCAACAAGCCCGUAGCUCUCAGUUGCCUGUUGUUUGUUUUCCAAUCUCCCAAGAUUGUGUCACGGUACGGCGGAUAUUUUCCAACCCAUUUCUUUUUGGUUUUCGUUGAGAAGCAUUGCGCGUAGAGUUCGUUUUCGCCUUGGUGCACUUGACGUCAAUAAAAUGUGCUGGCUAGAAGAAGCUCGCCUCUUCAAACAAGUGGCAAAAGGGUUGAUGCCCAGUGUUCUCAAUCAGAAGCACUGUUUCAAGAUCCUCUCUUUCUCCUCUUCUUAUUCUUCCUCCUCGUUCUCUUCUUUCUCGUCCUCCUCUCCUUCCUCCUCUUCUUCUUCCUCCUCCUCUUCCUCCCAUUUCUCUCCCUCCUGUUCGUCUCCGUCCUCUUUAUCUGCCUCCCCCUUUUCCUACUCUCCCUCCUCCUCAUCUUCCUCCUCUCCACCCUCCUCCCUGCCCUCCUCUUCGCCCUCCUCUCUGUCCUCCUCUUCCUCCUAUUCCUUUUCUUCUUCCUCUCCCUCCACCUAGCUCUUCCUCCUCUCCCUCCUCUCCCUCCUCUUCCGCUUCUUCCUCUGCUUUCUCCUUGCCCUCCUCCUCCUCCUCUUUCUAGUCUUCUUCCUCAACUAUGAUCACCCCCUGCCUCCCCCAGCUCUCUUCUCGUACUUCCCUCCACCUUCAUCCCCUGCUGUAUCUGAUCCUUCCCAAGCUCCUGCUUAGCUGCCGUCUUGUCUUCACCUCAUCCUCACGUUCACCUCUUCCUCGUUUUCACCCUCCUGCGCUCCGUCUUCUCCUCUCGUGCAUCCUGGUCUUCAUGUCCUCCCUCUGCUUCUCCUCACCCUUUUCUCCACCUCCUCUCUUCUCCACGCUACCCCCCUUUGCUUCCUCCGAGUCCUCCACUCUCUACUUAUAAUAGGCAUCGGUCAUGGAUUCGUUGGCUUGCUUAGCGCGUCCGAAACCCAGAGGCAUGAGGUACAGCAGGGGGGACGUCGAGGGCCCAUUAUAGGUUCGUAGCAAUACGAGGUUUAGGAUGAGUUCCAAGUGAGAGUACCACCAAUCCUCUUUGUGAGCACUGCAACUUUGCG